AUGUCCUCCCCGAAUGCGACGGCGAUUGAACACAUGUCCAACGGGCGGUGUUAUGCAGCAACAGCGCCGCUCGAGGGACCGCCUUUAUUCGUUAACGGGGACAUCGUAUUCCAAGCUCAUGACGUCGGCUGGCUCGUCUGCGGCAUAUUCACUCUCUUCUCCUGCGGCUUUUCAUUUUGGUUCAUCAAUAAACAUCUUGUAAACUAUACGAACCGCGCCGAGCAGCGCUACAUUGUCCGACUAUUGUUUAUGCCGCCUCUUUACGCCGUCAUCUCGACCUUGAGCUUCAUCUUAUGGAACCAUGCAACAGGGUUACUGCUGAUUAGAGACUGCUACGAAGGCGUCGUCCUCGUCUCGUUCUUCUACCUCCUCCUCACCUACCUGUCCCCCGACCCCGUCGAGCUAGCCGACAUCUUCCGCAAAGAUGGCCUCUCCAAGGAACAGGACGCGCGUCUCAUAUCCCAAGGAAAGCCGCCCGGCCACUGGUGGUUCCCACUCAACAAGGUCAAAUGGAGACCCGCCGAUGGAAUGUACUUCCUCCAGUUCAUGAAGUGGACUGUACUCCAGUACAUCGUUGUGCGACCACUGUGCACCCUCGCGGCCGUCGCACUGAACUACAUGGGACUAUACUGCGAAGAGAGCUGGAGUCCCCGAUGGGGCUACGUCUGGAUCACCGUCAUCGUCUCCAUCAGCGUCUCCGUCGCGAUGUACUGUCUAGUCCAGCUCUACCUCUGCGUCGCGCCCCGCCUGGCCCCGCACCAACCCAUCCUUAAACUCUUCAGCAUCAAGGCCGUCGUCUUCCUCACGUUCUGGCAGGCGUCCUUCCUGUCCGUCCUAGCGACGUUCAAUGCCAUCAAGGACACGCCGUACAUGACCGCCGAAGACAUCGAAGUCGGCUGGGGCGCCAUCCUCGAGACAUUUGAGAUGUGCGCGUUCGCGCUCCUGCACAUCAAGGCGUUCUCGUACAAGCCGUACGUGCUCAAGGCGAGCGAAGGCGAUCCACCGCCGGAACAUACACCCCGCCUGCGAAGCCUCGCUCACGCGUUCAACUUCGGCGAGACGUUCCGCGAGAUACGCGACGGUUGGGUCUACAUGGUAGCGCGUAUGCGCGGGCAGGAGACCGAUACCGCCGUGCGCCGACUCGGCCAUCACGAGCAGCUGUUUGCGCGCUCGCGGCCGGAAGCUGCUUUGAGCUACGUAGCGGAACCGUAUGAGAAGAGCAUCGUGAGGGAGAAGGACGGAUUGGAGGGAGGGUACGAGUUUGACUCGCGCGGGCGGGCAAUUGAGAUCGGUGUACACCGAGCUAUCGACAUUGAUCGCGAUGGAGAGAAGUUGCCCUCGGACUACACCUCGGGCGCUGGGCACGUGUAUCACCCCUCCGGACGUUCGUGGUGGCGUGGCAUCUACGACCAUAUAUCUUCGUCACAUAUCGAGGACGAGCCGUUCGACCCUCCUUCACGCUACGAUGUCGCGGAUGACUACCUCACCUCUGGUACCGGGCGACGCGGCUCUGUACCGACGCGCAACUUCUCUCGGCCAGUACGCGACAUGUACGCAUACGGCGCCGUGCCGCCGGAGCAACAAGAAGGGCGUGUUUCACACUCUCGGAGAGAGAUGGGCAUGCGCGGAUCCCGAAGCGUGCGCGAGUACGAUGAUGCCCCGCCGCCGAGCCUCAUCCGCGGAUACCGUGCGCAGCAGGAAGCAGCGCACACGCUCUCCAGCUCGCACUCGCGGACCUCUCCAUACCCUACCGCUACGACGAAUAUCCCCACCUCGAAUGCUCCGCGUAUCAUCACGAGCCCACCGCCCGAAGCGCUCAAUCAACUUCGCCCGCCCAUGAUGCACGUGGACAGCGCGUCUACCGUCGGCACCAGCCUCGGCUUCCACGGCGCCUUUCGCUCUCAUCCUGGCUCGUCUACUGGACAUACCAACACGAGUCCUGGUGCAAGUACGCCUUCGCUCGUCCCGUCUAGCGCACAUAGCGGUGGGAGGCAACCGAUGAUACGGCAGGUCAAUGCUGGGCGUGUCGUCAAUGUCGCACUUCCUACGCCGCUAGCAUCGCACGAGAUCCCCACACCCGCCGCUCCCUCGACCGCGGACCCGUCUCCACCCCACCCAUCUUCACCCCACCCUUCUCAAUGGCAACCGCCGCCCAUAAUCUCGCCAUUCAAGCGUCGUUCCCAGUCCCAACUACCGGCUACGUCACCACGCGCGCCAAAGCUCAGCCCCCCUCCACGCUCACCUCCAGCCGCUCGCCAAUCCCUCGAAGUCCCCCACUCGCCACCUUACCAUCGCCAUUCGCUCGGGAGCCCCGCACGGGCAUGGAUCCAACCAGAGCGCGCGAAUGAUCGGUCUAUCUACGCUGCUGCGAUGCAGGCGCCGUCUUCGCCGCUGCGCGCUCUCAUUCCAUCAUCGCCGGCUGUGCAGGGCAGCAGCGCGAGCAUUGCUUCUGUGGCGGACGAUCGCAGUUUUGUUACUGCUAGCGAGGGUGACGACGCGGGAGGCAGCGUUCAAGCGCCUUCGGGUUUGGGCGGACCGCAUACCGCGGCAACGCAAGGCAACGGGUGGUCGAGGUAA